AUGUCCUUGAUGGACGCUUUCGCCCAUGAGAUGACCACUGUUCUUUAUGGCAACCCCCAUUCUGCUUCACCAUCUUCACAACAAUCAACAUCACGCGUUGAAGAUGCUCGCAUGAACUUGUUGACUUUCUUCGGGGCGGACCCAACGGAAUAUGACGUGGUGUUUGUCGCCAAUGCCACCGCUGGCGUAAAGCUGGUCGUGGAUGCUAUGAGAACUCAACCACAAGGAUUCCAAUAUGCCUACCACCAGGCCUGUCACACCAGCCUGGUUGGUGUUCGGGAAGAAGCUGUUGCUAGUAUAUCCAUCGACAACAGCGAUAUCGAAUCAUGGAUACAAGGAAAAUCCCCAUUUCGAGACACGACAAACUCAUCACCUAUAACCCUUUUUGCAUACCCUGCCCAAUCUCACAUGGAAGGGAGGAGAUACCCUUUAAGCUGGACAAACCACAUACAAACAACACCACAGAACACUGGACAUCGAAUACUUACACUUCUCGACGCAUCUUCGUUUGUUGCCACGUCUCGUCUUGAUUUGAACAACCCCCAAAUCUCGCCUGAUUUCACGGUUCUCAGUUUAUACAAGAUCUUUGGAUUCCCCGACCUUGGCGCUUUGCUGGUAAAGCGCUCUUCGGAGUGGGUGUUUGAUAACCGACGAUACUUUGGAGGUGGCACUGUCGAUAUGGUUGUUUCUGGAAAGGAAAAGUGGCAUGCUCCGAAACCAUAUUCUCUACAUGAGCGGCUAGAGGAUGGGACACUGCCGUUUCAUAACAUAGUGGCGCUUGACAUCGCCAUGAAAGUACACGAAAAGCUUUUCGGGUCGAUGGAUCAGGUCAGUUCACAUACUUCAUACCUCAGUCAACGAAUGCUUCAAGGGUUAGCCAACCUGCGUCACGCCAAUGACACGCCUGUUUGUACGAUGUAUACAGCAACGUCUGGCGAAGAAGGAGAUCUUGGAAGCGGCCCAAUUAUUUCUUUCAAUUUAAGAAAUAGCCACGGUGCCUGGAUUAGUCUGGCUGAGUUCGAAAAGCUUGCGAAUCUGAAGAGCAUUCACAUCCGAACUGGUGGGCUAUGCAGUCCGGGGGGUAUUGCUGCCGCACUUGACCUCCAACCUUGGGAAAUGAAAAAUAAUUUCUCUGCGGGCUUUCGUUGUGGAACAGACAAUGAUAUUAUGUCUGGCAAGCCGACGGGCGUCAUUCGAGCCAGUUUGGGGGCUAUGAGCACUGAAGCAGAUGUUGACAACUUUGUUGCCUUCAUUGAUGAGUUCUAUCGGGAAAGUACAUUAUCGACCAUCCGACCAGAUUCAGCCCUCCUCAAUUCUACUACUACGCCGCAAUCUUCCACACUGAAGGUCAAUAGCAUGACUAUUUACCCUAUUAAGAGUUGCGCUGGCUUUUCAAUCCCUGUUGGGGUGCCUUGGGAAGUUCGUCCCGAGGGUUUAGCUUGGGACCGUGAAUGGUGUUUAGUACAUCAUGGCUCAGGACAUGCCUUGAGUCAGAAACGAUGUCCAAAAAUGGCUCUCUUACGACCGGUAUUGGAUUUCGAUAAGGGUGAACUGAUUGUCACGUAUCACGGCAAGGAGCAUAACGACCAGCAACAGCAAAUAUCUAUACCUCUAUCUGCGGAUCCUUCUGUCAUUGACUCAGACCUGGACAAACGGUCUUCAAGGGUAUGUGGCGAGAAAGUAACCACACAGAUAUAUACGUCUGAUAGGAUCAAUUCCUUCUUCUCCUCCGUGCUUGGGGUUCCUUGUGUCCUGGCACGUUUUCCUCCGGGUGGAUUGGGUUUGAAAAGUCGCCUUUCAAAAGCCCAGAUACAACGGUAUCAGCAGCCGAGCAGAGUACACGCCAUACCGGGCUCUUUCCCAGACGUGCCAUCGCCCCCUGACUCGGAUUCUGAACAGCACAAGACAUCAAGGAUACUCCUCUCAAACGAGAGCCCUAUCUUGAUGAUCCACAGUUCGAGCGUGGACGCUCUGAAUCAGGAUAUUACUCGUCGUGGUGGAAAUCCUGCGGAAGAUAAGUCUUUCAGAGCAAACAUUGUUCUUGGACGAGCCCCUGGUUUUAAAGCCCUGUCGGCCUUUUCCGAAGACAGUUGGGAUUCUGUCCAUAUUGGCCUUCAGAGCUUUAAGCUUAUGGGUGCGUGUCGUAGGUGUCAAAUGGUUUGUAUAGACCAAGACACUGGUGAAAAGAAAGAAGAACCAUUUGUGACGCUGGCCAAGACGAGGCGGUUUGAUGGCAAAGUUUACUUUGGCGUGCAUAUGCGCCAUGAUCCUCUUGCACAUGGGGACCUAACGAGCAAGGAAUCACAAUAUCCUACGAUCCAUGUCGGAGAUUCCGUAUCAGUGCAGUACCGGGGGUGA